AUGAAGCCGACGACGGUCCACAGUAUGAUCGAGUACCGGCACGAAACCAUGAUCGCGGUUACGACGAGCGUGAAGAGCACGGAGACCGGUACAGGGAAGACGACCUGCCUCUCGACUAUGGUGAAGGAGAGCCCCGUCAUCAACCUCAACCUCAACCUCGACCUCGAGACCGGUCACCACCUCCACGCCCCCGCAGUCGAAGUCGGGGUCGAGACUACUCCAGAGAACGACCUCGUGGCGGGCAGCAAGACCGAAGAUCCCCCAGUCGGCGGCGAGACCGAAGAUCCCCUAGUCGGCGACGAGACCAAACCGAAAGAAGGCCCCCUCGACCUUACAAUACUGAGCGCGGUCAGGGGCGAGACCCGCGCACGAGACGAUCUCGCUCUCCCGGUACUGAGCGCGCGCCGAGACCGCAGACACCACAACCACUUGCUCAUCCUCCUCUUCCCCAAACUCGCGUCUCGCGGCUCAUACACGGAUUUGACGAAGGAGUAUCUCGCUACCGACGUUGUUUCCGUUCGACUCUGUGACUUCUCAUCUGACGACCAAGCGAAAAUUGGACAGAGUUUCACACCGUCUUCACAAGGUAUGAUCAACGUGAAGCAUGAUGUGCCUUUCAUCUUCAAACGAGUGGAGCGUGACUACGGCGUUGGCUGGGUUGCUCACUGCUUUGGAGGGCGCGGAUUGAAGAGAGCGCAUUGGAUACCAAAGUCGGAGCACGCAAAGUACCUGGGAGUAGCCAGUGAUGACGAUUCGUCCGGAUCUCGAGGAAACGGUAGUCCGCAUGAACAAAUGAAGGUGCGGCGAACCCCAGGAGCAAGAUUUCUCGAGAACAUAAGUCAUGUCUUCGCGGGUGAGUUGGUGAAAGUCACCUUCCCACGAAAGCCUUACUACUGGGGCCGGCUGAAACUUUGGGAUUUCCACCGGCUGUGUUGCCUCAGUGAUUUCCUCACGGCAGCCCCUGGGUCGAGCGCCGCCAAUGAGGUUCCACCAACGAUGGACUUCGACCACGGUGCGUUGAAAGAGCUGCGAACUGCGGACGACUCCUUGCCCAAAUGGAUGAGAGAUCAUCUCGCGACUCUCGAUGCUCUACACAAUCCGAAGCCAUCCGAAGACGACAAGGACGCAGAUGCCCGUCUGCCUAGGGGUCCGACAGCACCGAAUGGCCGCGUCCCACGUCCCACCAUGCGCCAGGAUGCCAGAGACGUUAACACGACAGCGCCGCCACCGGCAAUCACACAAGCUACCGAGGAGGCAACACAACCACGAGAUCAGCCUCGACAACCACCAACGAGGACUACGAACGCGCCGAGGGACCCAAGACCCCAACCACCCACAGGGCCGAGGUUAAAGCGCUCGCGCGACGGUGAUGAUCCUCUGGUGCCGCCGAAUACCACCCGUCGACGGCGGGACUAUUAG